AGCAGGGGGCUUGGACGCCUAGAGCAGCAGCGUUUGAAGCGCUGCGUGCGCACAACGGGCGCGAAUUGUGGACUCGGGCCUGUCGCGCUCCCGACCUGGAAGCCCCGCCCAGGGCGCGCAGCCAGGGGUUUCCAUGGUGAUGGUAAACAAGCCUCAACUGCCUCAUCUGCAACUGCCAAGUCCCCCGCGUUCCACCCUCCUCUAGGUGUUCAGAGGGACGACGGAGGCGCCGGAUGUGAAGUAGAGCGGGAGCGUGGACGACUUGGAGCCUGAGGACGCGUUUCCAUUGGUGACAUCUUGGCGGGCCCGUCGGUGGCACUUCCUCCUUUACACCCCGUGACCCACGUCCGGCUCGCCGCCCUCCCAGUCACGCGGCCUCAGCCUACGGGACGCAGCCCCGCGCGCCGCGCCGGCCUUCCGGACUCCGGAUCCAGGCCAGUCGUGUUUCAAUUUCAGGUUAACAACAGGAGAUGCACCUGGAGUUUCCCCAGAGCCCUCUGCGUUUUUAAGCGUCGGGUGGAAUUGGGGUCCUUGGCUGUAGACCGCGCUCGCUUGAUGAAAAUAGACAUCGGCCCUGCUCCCGUCAGCGGACAAUUCGCACCUACCAGGAGUGUCUCCGGCUGUGGGCAUCCCCCCUUGUUCUUUAAGCCACAAAAAGCAGCAGCUGGGCUUGUUUGAAGUCUGCCCUGUCAAGUGUCCAUGAUGCUGGGCCCUGAGGGAGGUGAAGGCUUUGUGGUCAAGCUUCGUGGCCUGCCCUGGUCCUGCUCUAUUGAGGAUGUGCAGAAUUUCCUCUCCGGCUGCAUAAUUCAUGAUGGGUCCGCAGGCAUUCAUUUCAUCUACACUAGAGAAGGCAGGCAGAGUGGUGAGGCUUUUGUUGAACUUGAAUCAGAAGAUGACGUGAAAAUGGCCCUUAAAAAAGACAGGGAAAGCAUGGGACACCGAUACAUUGAGGUGUUCAAGUCCCACAGAACCGAGAUGGAUUGGGUGUUGAAGCACAGUGGUCCAAACAGUGCUGACACCGCUAAUGAUGGCUUCGUGCGGCUUCGAGGACUCCCAUUUGGAUGCACCAAGGAGGAAAUUGUUCAGUUCUUCUCAGGGUUGGAAAUCGUGCCAAAUGGGAUCACAUUGCCUGUGGACCCCGAGGGCAAGAUUACAGGGGAAGCCUUUGUACAGUUUGCCUCACAGGAGUUAGCUGAGAAGGCUCUAGGGAAGCACAAGGAGAGAAUAGGGCACAGGUAUAUUGAAGUGUUCAAGAGCAGUCAGGAAGAAGUUAGAACAUACUCGGAUCCCCCUCUGAAGUUCAUGUCUGUACAGCGGCCAGGGCCCUAUGACCGUCCAGGCACAGCCAGGAGGUAUAUUGGCAUUGUCAAGCAGGCAGGCUUGGAGAGGAUGAGGUCUGGUGCUUACAGUGCAGGCUAUGGGGGCUAUGAGGAGUACAGUGGCCUCAGCGAUGGCUAUGGCUUUAGUGCUGACCUGUUUGGAAGAGACCUCAGUUACUGUCUCUCUGGGGUAUAUGACCACAGAUAUGGAGAUGGCGAGUUCACUGUCCAGAGUACCACUGGACACUGUGUCCACAUGAGAGGGCUGCCAUACAAAGCCACAGAGAACGACAUUUACAACUUCUUUUCUCCUCUCAACCCUGUAAGAGUCCAUAUUGAGAUUGGCCCUGAUGGAAGAGUGACGGGCGAAGCUGAUGUUGAGUUUGCCACUCAUGAAGAAGCUGUGGCAGCUAUGUCCAAAGACAGGGCCAACAUGCAACAUAGAUACAUAGAACUUUUCUUGAAUUCCACAACAGGGGCUAGCAAUGGGGCAUAUAGCAGCCAGAUGAUGCAAGGCAUGGGGGUGUCAGCCCAGUCCACUUACAGUGGCCUUGAGAGCCCAUCUGUGAGUGGCUGUUACGGAGCUAGCUACAGUGGCCAGAACAGCAUGACUGGAUAUGACUAAAUUUUGUAGAGCAUUUGAGUUGUUAUAAAUUUUCAUAGGCAACCAACAAGCAGUGAAAAGCAGUUAUUACUUUAGAAGAAGCUGUGGGGACCCAUUUUGCACCAUUGAGUUUGUGAAAUCUGGAUUAAAGAGUUACCUCUUCAGUGUUUUCUCAUGCAAACUUUCUUCUGGCAUGUGAUAUUGAGUAAACUAAAACUUUUCAGUUUUUUUCAAUAUUUUGACAGUGUCCUUCAGGGGGUGAUGUUAUCUGACUUCAAGUAGUUUUAAGUACAUCAAAUACGGAUCUUUUACACCAUAUCACCAUGAACACAUUGGGGAGAUGGAUUUUUGGGAAACUCAAGGUGCUAGAUUCCCUAACUCAAAGGAACAUUUCUCAUGUUUGUUCAUUCUAGUUUAUUUUCAUUUAAAAUCUCUUAGGUUAAGUUUAAGCUUUUUAAAAGUUAGUUUUGGAAAUUGAGACACAUUACUAAUACUGUAGGAAUUGGUGAGGCCUUGACUUAAAGCUUUCUUUACUGUGAUUUCCUUUUGGGUGUAUUUUGCUAAGUGAAAUUUGUUAAAAAAAAUUUUUUUGUUAACUAAACUUUUUUCUUAAAAUAAAGACUUUUUCACAA